AUGGUUAUGGAGUGCUCGAAACACUUGGACGACUACCAGAUCCUGUCGGAGAUAGUUUCCAUCCUCAUUCCCCCUACGGCGCUGGUUUUCAAGCUCGUGGUCUUCAAGUUAAAGUCGAGGAGUCUUCUGGAGCUGAUGAAGCAUCUCGACUUGGGGGAGUUCAACUACUCGAAGGAGUUGAAGUUGCUGGAGAAGGAGAUAAAGUUCACCAGGCUGCUGGGCAAUUCGUACCAGGUACCAUUUCACAUUCAUUUGUAA